UUGUGUUGCAGGGAUGAAUCUCGGCAGUACUACGUUCGUUCCGUGAAGUCAAAAUCGGCGACAGACGGCUUUUUGGUGCUGCAGAAGAACGGCGACAAGAAAAGCGUGAAGUUUAUCCGAUACUUCACGCACCGCAAAACUGUCUACAUCUGGCAGGAGGAUAUGGGAAACUUCUGUCGACUUCCCGAUCUCAGUUGCAAUUUUCCCGUCACGUUUUUCGGCGGCUGGUGCGGUUGGACAGAGGAUGAAGCGAAGCGCGUUGCUGCGAUCUACGGCCCCAACAAAAUCUCUGUCCCCAUGAAACCAGUCAUCGAACUGGUCUUUCGUGAGGCGCUAAACCCGUUUUACAUAUUCCAAAUAUUCAGCGUUUGCAUAUGGUUUGCAGACGUUUACUAUUAUUAUGCGUCGGUGAUCAUUAUCAUGUCGGUUUUGUCGAUCGCGAUGGACGUUUACCAGACUAGGAAAAAUCAGGUGGCAUUGCGCAAUUCCAUACAUAGCAUCGAAGCUGUGACGGUCGUUCGGGCGGUCGACAAGCAGGUUCGACCAUCGACCGAGCUGGUACCCGGUGACAUCAUUGUCAUUCCGUCCGGCGGCUGUACUGUUCAGUGCGAUUCGGUGCUGUUGUCUGGAAACUGCAUUGUCAACGAAAGCUCGCUGACUGGGGAGAGCGUUCCGGUCACCAAGACGCCAUUGAUCGUCCCUAAGGACUCUUUGACGGUCGACGGUUAUUCACUAUACGAUCCCAAAGUGCAUGCCAAGCACACGCUGUUUUGCGGCACCACGAUACUGCAAACCAGAUUUUAUUCCGGGCAGGAAGUCAAGGCUGUUGUUUUGCGCACUGGCUUCAGCACUAGCAAAGGCCAACUUGUUCGAUCGAUCAUGUAUCCGAAACCUGUUGAUUUCGAGUUUACAAAGGAUUUGCUUCGGUUCGUUGGGGUGUUGGCAGCAGUUGCGCUUAUCGGAUUAGUGUACACCAUAGUAGUUAUGUCUCUUCGAGGAAACGAUAUUAGCAAGAUCAUAGUUAGGGCUUUUGAUCUUGUCACCAUAUGCGUGCCCCCUGCUUUGCCCGCCGCGAUGACCAUCGGCAUAAUCGCCGCGCAAAGCCGUUUGAAGAAAAAGGGCAUAUACUGCAUAUCUCCAAGUGUUAUUAACGCAUGUGGAGCAAUCAACGCAGUGUGCUUCGACAAAACCGGCACGCUAACCGAAGAAGGCAUUGAUCUCCACGGUAUUGUGCAACUUGAUGAAAAUCUGUUGGGACGUAGUAUCAGAAAUGUCGAAAACUUCGAACCGGCAGUUGUGAAGGCCAUGGCUUGUUGCCACUCGUUAACCAUGGUCGACGGGGAAGUGAUUGGCGAUCCAAUAGAUCUUAUUCUUUUUCGGCACACGAAUUGGGAAAUCAACGAGCCAGAAGUAGUAGAAGAAAGUGGAAGGUACGACUUGAUCCCUCCGACCGUCGUCAGUAAUAAGCAACUGAAGUCCGAGGUCGGCAUCCUGAGGCUGUUUGAGUUUACGUCUGCGUUGCAGCGUAUGUCGGUCAUCGUCCGAGAGUUGGGCAGCUCUGAGUUUAUCCUUUACUGCAAGGGUGCUCCAGAGACCAUAAUCAGUUUGUGUGACAGAUGGUCCGUGCCGUCCAAUUUCUCCUCAGUUUUACACAGCUACACGAGACGUGGAUUUCGAGUGCUGGCAUUCGCCACGCGGAAGCUCGAAUUGAGUUUCGUGAAGAUGCAGCGCAUCGACCGUUCCGAGGCCGAAUAUAAUCUUCAGUUGUUAGGACUGGCAGUAUUCGAAAACAGACUAAAACAAGAAACCGCACCAGCCGUCUACUCAUUAAAAGUUGCUAACAUUCGUUCGAUCAUGGUCACUGGCGACAACAUCAUGACAGCGGUAAGCAACUGUCUCUAUCAGUGUUGCUGGCGCCAUGGUGAGAAAUUGCUGCAUUUUACGCCGUAUAUUGUCUCUGUUGCCAAGGAGUGUUUUAUUCUGGAUCACAGUCUGCCCUUGUAUCUGGUGAAAACAAAAAACACCGAUGACGACCUGCGGCUGUACUAUGAAAAGGAAGAGUCCUUUGACGUUAGUUCGUCGGAGGAAACGUAUAUGACGCCCAGCUCAGACACGGUGCUGCAAAUGUGUGCGUCUAAGUUUGAAGGCCGAGAGUACCAGUUUGCGAUAGAUGGUCCCACUUUCGCCAUUAUAGCAAAGAUGUUCCCUCAGUUUUUAUCCAGGAUCGCUGCGAUGUGUAACGUUUUUGCUAGAAUGUCGCCUGAUCAGAAAACUCACCUGGUAAACAUUCUACAAGAUAUGGAAUACGUUGUGGCGAUGUGUGGCGACGGUGCGAACGAUUGCGGCGCAUUGAAGGCAGCUCAUGCCGGUAUCAGUUUGUCCGAAGCAGAGGCAUCGAUUGCCAGUCCGUUCACUUCAAAAUGCGCAGACGUUCGUUGCGUUUCCACCGUGAUACUGGAGGGUCGUGCGGCUCUGACCACGUCUUUUGGCGUUUUCAAGUAUAUGGCUGGCUACAGUCUGAUUCAGUUCCUG